CUCCAGGGGCGGAGCUUCUGCCCGUGUGCGCAGCCUCCUCGGAAGCGGCUGAGGCGGCAGCGGCUGAACUGGGCCGGGAGCCAUGGCUGUGAACCUGAGCCGGAACGGGCCGGCCCUGCAGGAAGCCUACGUGCGGGUGGUCACUGAGAAGUCCCCGACAGACUGGGCUCUUUUUACCUAUGAAGGCAACAGCAAUGAUAUCCGUGUGGCUGGAACUGGGGGUGCUUGGGCAAGCAAGGGACUGCCGAGGCUACCUCUGACCCUCCUUGUGACUGCUGCAGAGGGGGGCCUGGAGGAGAUGGUGGAGGAGCUCAACAGCGGGAAGGUGAUGUACGCUUUCUGCAAGGUGAAGGACCCCAACUCUGGUCUGCCCAAGUUCGUCCUCAUCAACUGGAAUCCCAGGUGGAAACAAUUCUGCAGUGGAAGCUGGCAGCUGCCCUCCCCCAGAGAAUCUCUGGGCUUGGAGACUGGCGAGGGCGUGAAUGACGUGCGGAAGGGAGCAUGCGCCAACCAUGUCAGCACCAUAGCCAACUUCCUAAAGGGGGCUCAUGUGACCAUCAACGCAAGGGCUGAGGAGGAUGUAGAGCCUGAGUGCAUCAUGCAGAAGGUGGCCAGAGCCUCAGGUGCCAACUACACUUUCCACAGGGAGAGCAGCUGCUUCCAGGACACAGGCCCCCAGGCCCCUGUGGGCUCUGUGUACCAGAAGACCAAUGCUGUAUCUGAGAUCAAAAGGGUAGGCAAAGACAGCUUCUGGGCCAAAGCGGAGAAGGAAGAGGAGAACCGCAGACUGGAGGAGAAGCAGCGGGCAGAGGAGGAGCGGCAGCGGCUGGAGGAGGAACGGAGGGAGCGCGAGCUACGUGAGGCCACCCUCCGGGAACAGCGUUAUCUGGAACAAGACAGGGAGCCUGCCCCACAGAUGAGCAGGAAGUAUGAACAGCAGGAAAUGGUCUCAAGGAACAGAGGGGAUCAGGAGCCUGUCUGUCAGCAGCCAGCACACCCUCGGGAUAUUUUCAAGCAGAAGGAGAGGGCCAUGUCCACUACAUCUAUCUCUAACCCCCAGCCAGGCAAACUGAAGAGCCCGUUCUUGCAGAAGCAGCUUACCCAGCCAGAGACCUCUCUUGGCAGAGAUCCAACUCAUACCAUCUUGAGGCCCAGGACAGAUCUCCAAGAAGAGCCUAUACCCAGAGCCUCUCCAUGUCCAGUACAGGCAGGAGAGGAAGCUGUGUAUGAGGAGCCUCUGGAGCAGGAGACCUUCUACGAAGAGCCCCCAUUGGUUCAGCAGGAUGCUAGUUCUGAGCACAUUGACCACUACCUGGAGCUGAGUGGGAAAGGGCUCUGUGCCCGUGCCCUGUACGACUACCAGGCAGCUGAUGAGACAGAGAUCUCCUUCGACCCUGAGAACCUCAUCACAGGCAUCGAGGUGAUUGAUGAAGGCUGGUGGCGUGGCUACGGGCCAGAUGGCCACUUUGGCAUGUUUCCUGCCAACUAUGUGGAGCUCAUUGAGUGAAGAUCACUGCUGCCGAAGACUGAGGGUCAUCCAUCCCUUCCUUGCCCAUACAUGAUUUUUCUUAUUGCUGGAAAGGUGGUGGAAAAGUUGUAGGGAUGUGUGUAUGGCACUCUUCCAGGAAUGGAGUCCCCUGAUGAGUAUGAGGACACAGGCUCCUUUGGGCUUAGGUGGCUCAACCUCUGUCACCCUGAAUGCAGCUAUAACCUUGUGAUUACCAAACAUGCUUCCCACAGCUUCUCAGACCCCCUCAGCUAGUCUGGCCUUUGACCCCAACAGAAGACAUUGAACCAAGUCCCACCAUGACCAGUCCAUUCCUGACCUCUGCUCUACCCAAAGAAGACGGCACUGCCCUUCUGGGAGUAGUAAGAGGGUCAUCUAUAAACUUCUGUCCACAGUGCAGGCCCCUUUCGUUAUUUACCUUUUUCCCCCUUUCUUGUUGACUUCCAGUGGAUAAUGGCAACAACUUUUUAGUGACCCAGUGAAUUUAGCAUUUAUGACCAAAGGUGGUUAUUUUGGUUCUGUGCUCUCCAUUUCUCUGACUGAGCACUGGAGGCAAGGACUACCUACCAACCCCCCAUCUAAAUGUAUGAAGGAAGUGAAAACAUAAAACAGACAGGUGUUCUUCCAUGUGGUUCACUUUUGUCCACCGUGUGUUUCUCAACCAGUUGUAGUUCAGGAAAAGUAACAAGUAGCCCACACCUGCUCUCAUCCCCAUUUUCUGUCCCAAUCUAUCUGAGUGUGUGUUUGAAGCAAGAAUUACCUCAUACAGGCCCCAACUCUGCUCUGUUCUAAUGCCCUAAUGUGGAAACCUC